AAACCAGGAGAAGCAGGGAGUUCCUGGAGUUGCAUUCAGUGAAAAGAACCUGCUGUCCUUGGAGCUGCCUCCUGUUGUCUUGUUUCAGCACUCACCCUUCCCAGCCGAAGCCAUUUGCCUUGAGGAGUGUGGCAGUUCUUGAUGGGUCCCACAGACAGGCUCCCAAGCAGCAAAAUAUAGGCAGCUGUGGGAACUGGCUGGAAGGUGGGUCCCAUAAGGGUGGGCAGCCAGUGGGAACUGGCUAGCAGGUGGGGGACAGUGAAGAACCAGACUCCAGACUACACAUGCAAGAGAGUUGGGGGGCUUGUCCAAGGUCACACCGCUGGGAUGAAGCGUGGCUGGGUUUCAGAACCUGCCAGGUCUGCCUUUACCCAUCCUGGGUCUGUUUCCAUCCACUGUAUCCUGAGCAGACACAAGGCCCACUUGUGUGACUGAGACACAGGUGACCUGAGGGCUGGGAAGAUAAAAUGGUUGCAUGGCAGGGUUGUCCCUGUGAAACCUCCAUCUUCACCCUACUUCAGGAAGGGGCUCCCAAGAUGGGCCUCGGCUCCAUGGGGGCCUUGGUGCGCUGGGACUGGGUUCUUUCCACGGGAUCUGAGCCUUAGGGGUGACCCGGUCCCACUUCUCACUCCCAGAGCUAACCUGUGUCCCCCUUGAAGCAGACACUGCCCCACUGCCCAUUUCCCAAGGGAGGAAAUGCUUAGAAACGGCAGGGGAUGGAGUCAAAGUCUGGGGUAGGACCCAGAAGUUUGGAUGGGCCCCUAAGCACCAGGGCCUCUACCCCCGGAAGAAAUCGGGGAAGGUUGCCUGGAUGCCAGAGAGCUCAGUGUGAAAAGAACCUAGACAGAAAUGAGCGUAGUGGAGGAAUUUUGAGCAGGGGGAAAGGAACGAGCAGAGGACGCGUUGCACCUGGGCCUGAUACCGAAGGAUCUGGUCCUCUCAACCCUUCCUGAAGAGUUCAGAUGCUCGCGAGGAAAGCAGGAGACUCGGCCCUAAGUAUGGAUGGGAUGGUAUCUUUCUUGAAACAAGACAUUACCUCCGCCCCAAACAAAGACGAGACAUUGAAGGAGCAGGGCACGCCCACCCGGAAAAGGUUAAAUGAAGGCACUUCCGCCCUCCCUUAAGAUGGCGCCGGCGGAAGGGGCGGGGUACUGCAGCGUGGUGAUGGCCGCGUCAAGGCUAGAGCUGAACCUGGUACGGCUGCUGUGCCGCUGUGAGGUGAUGGCCGCAGAGAAGCGGGACCCGGACGAGUGGCGUCUGGAGAAGUACGUGGGAGCUCUCGAGGACAUGCUGCAGGCUUUGAAAGCUCAGGCGAGCAAACCAGCCUCCGAAGUGAUCAAUGAAUAUUCCCGCAAGGUAGACUUUCUGAAGGGGAUGCUGCAGGCUGAGAAGCUGACCUCCUCCUCAGAGAAGGCACUAGCUAACCAGUUCCUGGCUCCUGGCCGCGUGCCAACCACAGCCAGAGAGCGGGUGCCCGCCACCAAGACGGUACAUCUGCAGUCACGGGCACGGUACACCAGCGAGAUGCGGAGUGAACUGCUAGGCACGGAUUCUGCUGGAGAGCCAGAGCUGAAUGUGAGGAAGAGAACUGGGGUAGCAGGGCCCAGGCCAGGAGAUGAGAAGCAAUCAGCAGCAGAGCUAGACCUCGUCCUGCAACAACACCAGAACCUCCAGGAGAAGCUGGCAGAAGAAAUGUUAGGCCUGGCUCGGAGCCUCAAGACCAACACACUGGCCGCCCAGAGCGUCAUCAAGAAGGACAAUCAGACCCUGUCGCACUCACUCAAGAUGGCUGACCAGAACCUGGAGAAGCUAAAGACAGAAUCAGAGCGGCUAGAGCAGCACACACAGAAGUCAGUCAACUGGCUGCUCUGGGCUAUGCUUAUCAUUGUCUGCUUCAUUUUCAUCAGCAUGAUUCUCUUCAUCCGUAUCAUGCCCAAACUCAAAUAAAGACCUGGCCUGGUGUACCCUA